CUCCCAACAUGAAAGACCACUUAGAAAACUACUUCAUUCAUCCUCUCAACCUCCAAAACCUCAAAUCCAAGCCCAAAAGUACCCCUCCCCUCUCAUUAUCCCCAAAUUCUAGAGCCCAACGUCCUUAAAAACUCCACUAAGCUUCAAAAAUCCCAAAAAUCGCGCUACAACAAUUCAAAAUCUGCGCUAGGCUAUUCGGGCAACCAUCCAAUAAAAUUGUUCGAAAAGUCUACAGAGGAAAGACAUUCAAGAAGAAGAGUCCACAGAGUAGAUAGUCAAGGGAUGAUACAUGACCAAAGCAAAAAUCCACCCAAUCUUAAGACAAAUAAUAAAAAUAGUCAUUCAUAUUUGAAGGUAAGGAAUGUUAUUACAUCAAAGAAUGCAAGUUUGGCUCCAACAGUUGGAAAUAUCAAAACUCGGAAGGUUAAGAAAACGAAUAAAACACACAUGACUGCUAAAAGAUUGGCUCCUUCAGCACUGGAUGGGGAAGAAGAGUUAGAUAAUACCCUUCUCAAAAAUUUCUACAAACAUCCUAAUAUAAAACAUCUCGAGCUAGAUGAAGUGAGAUCAAAGAGUAGAAAAAGAGCACCUAAAAUGAAGAGUAGUGUACGUUUGCUCAAGGAUUCUGGGAUAACUUUUUCAGCAUAGAAAUAAAUCAAGACCCAAACAAAGAGGGAAGAAGAAUAUAGCUCUCUCACAAAGCACUAAACAUAAGAAAAUUAUGAUAAGUGGAAAGCCAACUCCUGAACCUAAGAACUAUGUAAUAAAAGAUCAAUAUGAUUUUGUCUCAGAGUUUGAAACUAAGACUUUUGAUAAUUGAAGAAUAAUUUCAAACAAUAAAAAGACAAAUUCAUCAAUGAAUUUGCAGAUAAAAUAACAAAACAAACUCUGGCUCUAGGAAAAGAGAGAAACCAUGGAAUAGAGCUAUACAGAAGAGAGAAAGUCCUUAUUCGUCUCAGCCGAAGGCUGAUCAUAUCAGAUCUAAAAGCUCUUACAUAAAAGGGCCUAGUUCUUUCAAAUCAAUUAUUCAAAAGUACAGAGAGCGAGGAAUUAGCGGGAACAAUUCAAAAGAUUUAAAAAUUUCUAAAAAUAAACACUUCCUUUCUUCGCCAAGCAAAAAGAAUGCAUUUCAGGUCGAAAAUAUUAAGUUUAAGACGAAGAAAAGUACUUCAAAGCCAAGAAGAGUUUUAAAAUAAUGACUCUAUUUCUUCUCAAAGCCAUUCGUUAAAUACCAGAAAUCGAUCAACUAAGAGAUCAGAUUUAUUGAAGAAACAAGCUCACCAGAAGAAGGCUUCUGGAACGCUGAUUCCUAAUGAAUAUAGCAAUAAAUUUGCAAAAUCUCCAACGGUUCCGAAGCACAAGAGCUUAACUAAUAAGAUCUCCAUCUCAAGGAAAUAAUAUAAUGGAUCCUAAAAACCAGUCGAGCGAUACCAGUGUUUAUGGAAAAAGAGAGACUUCUAAGAGCAAAGCUCAGAUAGGAAAAUAAGGAUAUACUCACUAAAGAUAGGAUGGCAAAGAGUUAUCAUCCUGGUAGUAACACAGGUCAUGAUAUAUACUCCUCAAUGUUUUCAGAUGGAUCUGGAAUUAACAGUCAGUUAAGUUCCAUGAUAUUCCCUCAAAGACCUGGAUCGAACACUUCAAUGGCAGCCAAUACUGAUUUUAUUGCUAAUAAUGUUGAGACAAGUCAGAACUCUUUAAGACAUGCUAUAAUGUCCGUUCUAAAAACUGAAAAAGCUAUUACUGAUCCUGUGCUUUCAAUACAGGAAGGAGGAACUCCUUUAGAUGAGAGAUUUACUAAGAGCCUACAAAUUUACUCUCCUAGUUCGAAAUUCAGUCAUAGAGAGAGCAAACCAGCUGUAAAAUCACCUUCAAAGAGAAUUGUUUUGAAAUACAAGACGACUCUUCAUGGGCAUUCAAACACUGUGAAUAGUCUUGCCUUUGACACGAAAUGUUAUUCAUACCUAUUCAGUGGGUCUCAUGAUUAUAGUAUAAAAGUAUGGCAUUGAACUUCUUUCUCACCUAGAAAUGUAAUAGACCUCGACUCUGAAUACUCUAGAUUGGAUCGGUGAUAUAAGACCCUAAAUUUACACACAAAGAAAGUAAACUGACUCCAAUACCUUCCCAUUUCUUCUGUCCUGGUCUCUGCCGGGGCAGACCAAAGAUUGUGUCUUGUUAAUACUGAAAAUACAGAGGAGUUUGAUACCUUGGCUAUUUUUAGAAGGAGAUAUGGCAAUGUCAAUCAAAUGAUCUCUAUGGCAUCUGGUGGAUUUGAAAUGGAUGAGGCUAAAUUGUUUACAGCCUCUCUCGACAAAAAGAUCCUGUUGAUAGAUCUGAAUAAUCAUGGAGAUAUCAUUUCGGAGUUCUACAACCCUGAUGGAAAUAUAAAUUGUUUCAAAAUGCAGACUUCUAACAACUUUUUGUUAAUUGCUGAUUGUUCUAGUAAAGUCAAACUGUGGGAUGUGAAAUCAGGAAAAACUGUUAACUCUUUCAAUGGACCAGGAAGGAGUAAAACAUGAAUCGAGAAUUACGAUAAUGACUGAUUCAUCACAACUUCUAAUGAUGGUAUCUUAAGCAUAUGGGACUACAGAAUGCCCAAAAAGCCGGUGAAAUCCAGCCUAAUUAAGGACAAUAACCUCUCCGGAUACCCAAAUUCCCACUUCAACCAGCUUCUAUACACCAAGGGGACUAUCUUCGCUGCUACAGACCAAGGUCUUUCUCUAAUAAAUCCCAGAUCCUUGGAAGUACUCGAACAGAGGAGGAACCACGAAGGAAGUGUACAGGCUUUAGCCUAUUGUGAACUAGAUGGCACAAUGUUUUCAUCUAGUCAUGAUAAGAGCGUUGUUGUGUGGAGCCUCAGGUAAUAUUUUAAGAGUUUUGAAAGGAAUAAAGGCUUGGGAAUGGGAUUUUUGGGGGGUUUAGAAGGUAGAUGGGUGGAAGGGACUUUGAGAGGGUUAUGGUCCGAGAGUUUGAAUUUAGUGGUCAUUUUGGCUGAAAUGCCUGAUUUAG